UCGCGCCCGCCCCGCCCCUCCCGCUCGCGCGCCGCCGCGCCGCUGUACGCGUGCCCGGCCCGUCGCUCAGCCAUCUUGAUUCCCCUGCGUGAGAGGUCCCUGUCGGCGGGAGGAGGCGGAGGUACAGUGAAAGCCCCUGGACCAGCCAUGGAGAAUUACCAGAAGGCAAGCUCUGUAGAGAAACCCCUGGUCCCCCCAGUUCCAGGUCUGCCUCCAGAUACCUUGGAAAUGCGGGUCCGGGAUGGCAGCAAGAUCCGAAACCUCCUGGGCUUUGCAUUGGGCCGGCUGGAAAGCGAAUCCACCCGGCGAAUAGUGUUCAUUGGUGCAGGCCGUGCCACAGGCAAAGCUGUGACCUGUGCAGAGAUCCUGAAGCGCCGCCUGCCUGGUCUGCACCAGCUCACCAAACUGCACUUCCAGCAGACGGAGGAUGCCUGGGUCCCUGUAGUGCCCGAGGCUGGUCUGGACCCACUUACUGUACGCCGACAUGUGCCAGCUGUCUGGCUUCUCCUCAGCAAGGACCCCUUGGACCCCAAUGAAGGUGGCUACCAGCCUCCAGGUGCUCCUCCUGGUCUGGGACAGCCUUUACCCCGAACCCCUCCACAUACUCCUCAGCCCAAGAGGCGACCUCGGACCUCAGGGCACUGGCAGGGAGGUGGAGGUGGGGCCCGAGGAGAAACCCCCAGGAGGCCCUGACUUCAUGAGGGAGUUGGAGUUGGGAGCAGAUUCUGAGGUACUCCCCAGGAUUGGUGGAAAAAUACUGAAGCCCCAUCGCGGCUUUUUCUGUUUGAUUCGUGACUCUGGUCUCUAGUCACACUGAACACACACUGUUCCCACAGGUGGAAAUGAGCACAGGAUACAGGAACAGACAUGUUGAUGGCUGCUCUGAGGUGCUCUGUGUUUGGUCAAAGAAAUACUCUGCCCUUUCUCCCUGUUCCCCUACGUCAAGAAUGUUACCACCAGUUUUAUCAGUCUCUUGCCACUAUUAGAUUCCUUGGACUGUAACGAUAAGAUUAUUUUCCCUAGGAAAGGAAAGGAGGAGUUGGGAAUAAAGUUCCAUUUGCAUUAUUUAUAAAACCCUUCUCUGUGCCCAGCUGUGUGUGUGUGUGUGUGUGUGUGUGUGUGUGUGUGUGUGUAAACCACAGGAUAUUGCCCCUAUACCUAAUCCCUUAAAAGAACCAAAGUCACACAGGAAACUAUGACUGUGUGAUAAAGAGUGUCUGGGACUACUUGAAUACCGAGAGAUCAGUGGUGCCAGGAUUGGGUAGAACCAGCUUCAGGGUGGGCAGUGAAGUUUGAGUUGGUUCUGGGAGGAGUAGGAGGACUUCAGCAGGCUCAGAGGGUUAAAAAGUGUGGGCCAAAGAGGAAGAGAUGAAAAUCAGUGGAAGAUCUAGCUACUAGUACUGAGCUCAGGCUGUCCAGAUUGGAGGAUACAUAUAGAACAAGAAAUAAAGCCUGUGAGAAAUAAGACUAGAAAGGUGAGUUUGGGGCUUCUGCUACUGUGAAGGAUUUUGAAUGUCAAAAGAGUUUGAACUGUUCUGUAAGCAAUGGGGAUUCAUUGGAAACUCAUUGGCAGAUUUGAGAAGAUGAAAGCUGGGACCCAAUUCUUUGAGCAUUUUGUGGACCUGGGUUCUGAGAUGGGGGGGGGGGGAUUUCUGAAAGUAGAACUGGACUGUAUGUGGUAUAGUAUAAAUAAAUUGUUAAGAUACUGGAAUUCAAA